CUUUGCAGUAAAUUUAGGUGAUGUAACUGAGCGGCAGCACAAGCCUGGAUACUGAGGAACUACUGGACAUGGAACAUAUCAUUCAGUAAUAAAUCAUCGCUAAAGGCAAAUAUGGAGGAGAGUGUUGAUGUGAAGGCUCUGAGGGCCAGGUUCAACAACAAGACCAGCACCUCGGACACCAGCAGCCGAGACAGUGGCUCACCAAAAUCUCCACGACCUGGAUUUGGGAGAGCCAUCCUUUCUCCAACUGAGAGCGAGCUGGCCAACAGACAGUCACCAGUAGUGCCUCCAGUUGGACUUGGCCAGAGUCUGAUGAGGUUCCCGAGGGCAGAGCCAUCUUUCAUACCCUCCAGACCGGCUAGUUUCCCUCGACCACCUCCCAUUUCUGCUGUCAGACCACCCAUUGAGCCAGCAGACACCAACAAGGUCAAACAGACUGGGGAGAUGCUACAGAACAUGAUGCUGAGGCACCAGAGACCUCCAGGUACUAGACUGACCCCACCCCUAGCUCCAGUUGUAGCUCAAGGUCUUGGAGCAUCGCCUUCGUCUACAGCGCUCCCUCUCCGACAGCAGCCCCGCCAGAAAAACUCAGGAGACGUGAUUCCGCUCAGAAGACCGCUACCUCCUGAAGGACCCCAGCCUUUGAAACCCAAACGACCCCCUAAUGUCAGUCUGGAGCCCUUUCGGAAGUCCAGGCAAAAAGGUGCCCUUCCAGCUGAAAAGAAAAGUGAUGAGGGAACAAGUUCCAUGUCAGGCUCAGCAGGCAGGACGUCUUCACCAGCAGUGAUCAGUCCCCCAGUGCUUCCACAACGACCCACCAGACCCUACAGACUGCCACGCCAGAUCGCCUCAGUCGACUUUGAGGAGGAACAGGAUGUCUACGAUGAUAUUGGAAGCUUUGACAAAAAUGAGUCAUGCAGUGAAAACAGUUCACAAUGUAUGGACGGGGAUGAUGAUGAUGAUGUGUAUGAGCAUAUUGAUGAGAACCAGAUUGAUGUAAAACAUGUGGCUGUUGAGAAGAAAACGAAGGCAGAAGAGAAGAGGCAGUUGGAAAAUGAGAGAAGGGAGAAGCAGGAGCUUCAGAAAAAACAGAAUGAACUGAAGAAAAACUUUCAGUUGCAAGGCGAGGUAGACGUUCUUCAUACGGCCAAAGUUCGGCAUGACUGGCACGGAGGGGGAAAACUGGACCUUAGCGUCCGACAAGGAGAGAGUGUGGAAAUUAUCCGUGUGAAGAAUAACCCUGGAGGCAAAUGGUUGGCUCGUUCCAUGAAUGGAAAAUACGGAUAUAUCAGCAACACCUGUGUGGACAUUGACUACGAAGCAAUAAAGUCAAGAAUGCUCCCACCAAGAAAAAUAAACUCAUCAGAGUUACCUCCUCCACCUCCAGACCCCCCACAACUGUCUUACAUGGAGUCCAACAACAGAGACAGCAUGUUGCAAGAUGAUGAUGACUACGAUGAUGUUGAACCAAUAGCUGAGGAUUUCCCCCCACCACCGCCUGAAAUCAGCAUGGAUCCCAAAAAGGAAAAGGAGCUAAGGAAAAAAUUUAAGUAUGAAGGGCCUCUCAGGGUGCUGCACUGCAUGAUGGUGGAUCCUAACUGCAUCAUAAAGAAACUAGGAAGCAAAGACCUUCCUGUGACUAAAGGAGAAAUUGUGGACGUCAUCCAGCUCAACAGCAGCAAGAAAGCUCUGUGUCGGAAUAAGUCUGGAAAAUAUGGCUAUGUGUCAAAAGAUUUUCUUCUUCCAAUGGAAGGAGAUGUAUAUGAUGAUGUGGACUAUGCAGGUGAUAUCUAUGACAAUGACUCUCCACACACAGACUAUUAAAACAUGUCAAACUAAACACACACAGUUGCACAACAAGAAAUAAACCAUGUUCAAACUAAAAACUGAAGCUGUUAAUGGAAACUAUAUUUAUAGCUGAGUGCAAAUUAGACACAAGUGAAGACAAGGGAUCUGACUGGAUUCAAAUAACUUAUCUGAUUCCAUAAAGUUCAUGUUCAUGUAGAGGACCCCUCCCCCUCUCUUUAUUUAAAAUAUCUUUUUUUCUGCUUUACUAAACAGAAGAACAGUUAAUAAACAAACUAGUCUGAUAAAACCAUCAAACUAUAAAACUAUUGUUAACCUGGGUGUAAACAAAUUGAAAGCGACAUUUAGAAAUACCUGUGCUGAUCCAUAUUUCCACCCAGAAGACGUAACAUUAAUUUACUGACAUGAGUAAAACACACACAGAUGGGCUGAGAAUAACAAACUUGUUUGUUGCAUUGUUUUUCAAACUGCUUGUAUAGAAAGUUAUUACACUAUUGCUUUGUGUAUUUCUAAGCAUUGGAGAUAAUUUAAAAUAAAUUUAAAUUUUUUAUGA